CUUCUUUAACCUGCCCGCGCGCACGGGAGCGCGCCUCCUCCUCAGGAAGUGGGGGGGGUGGUUAAAAAAAAAACACGAAGUGGGGAGGGGAAAAAAAAAAGAGGUCCUGUCAGGAAGGGGCGGACGCGAAGGACGACUGCGAGCUAUUCCCUGUCGUCUCCUCCUCCGGGAAGUUGGAGCCAAACUUCCGCGGAGCGCGAGCGAGGCGGGCGCGGGAAGUGCGGAGAGAGGCGACCCCCCCCCACCUCACUUCACCUCAGCCUGGAAGUGAGGAGUGGGUGGGUGGGAUACCUGUAGAAAGGGAGACACACACACCCCCAAGCAGGUCCUAUUUGAUUGUCCAGACACAGUCGGCUGGUGGUAAAAGAACUGGAUUCCUAAACUGAAAGAGACUUUUGGGUGCAUGCAGUCUAAUGAAGUUUUUUACUGGGAAGAAGCAUAAAAACGUUGCCUGUUCAUUUUUCGCAACCCCUCAUCAUUCUUUGAAUGAUUUGGAAGAUGAGUCUAUAAAACGAGGACGUUGUUUCCCCAUUUGAAUCUUGCAUAGUAUCAUGCCUACCAGAAUGGGAUCCAAAAUGAACACGAAGAAAGACUUCAUUAGAGUAAAAACACAUUAUAAUGGGGACAUCCUCAUUACCAACUUGGGUGCCUCGAUCAACUAUGACGAACUUUGUGAUGAAGUGAGAGAAAUGUGCAAUUUAUCACAGGAUCAACCAAUUACCCUGAAGUGGAUUGAUAAUGAAGGUGAUCCCUGUACCAUUUCGUCUCAGAUGGAACUGGAAGAAGCCUUCCGUUUGUAUUGUCGGUACAGAGAUGAAGGGCUUAUUAUUCAUGUCUUCCCAAGCAUUCCAGAACAACCCGGCAUGCCGUGUCCUGGAGAAGAUCAAUCAAUCUACCGGCGGGGCGCCAGAAGAUGGAGGAAGCUGUACCGAGUGAAUGGCCAUCUGUUUCAAGCCAAGCGCUUUAACAGAAGAGCAUACUGUGGCCAGUGCAGUGAAAGGAUAUGGGGUCUAGGAAGACAAGGUUACAAGUGCAUCAACUGCAAGUUGUUGGUCCAUAAGCGUUGUCACGUUCUUGUCCCACUGACCUGCAAAAGGCAUAUGGAUUCUGUGAUGCCUUCCCAGGAACCUCACUUAGACGAUAAGAAUGACGAAGUUGACGUCCCCACAGAAGAAACAGACGGAAUAUCUUAUAUUUCUUCAACUCGGAAACAUGAUAAUAUUAAAGAUGAUUCUGAGGAACUCAAGCCAGUUAUUGACGGAAUGGAUGGAAUCAAGAUCUCUCAGGGGCUUGGCCUUCAGGACUUUGAUCUGAUCAGAGUCAUUGGACGGGGAAGCUAUGCCAAAGUUCUUUUAGUGCGGUUAAAAAAGAAUGAUCAGAUUUAUGCAAUGAAAGUUGUAAAGAAGGAAUUAGUUCACGACGAUGAGGAUAUUGAUUGGGUGCAAACCGAAAAGCAUGUGUUUGAGCAGGCAUCCAAUAACCCUUUUCUAGUUGGCUUACAUUCCUGUUUCCAAACGACAAGUCGGUUGUUUCUUGUUAUAGAAUAUGUGAAUGGGGGUGACCUCAUGUUUCAUAUGCAACGGCAGAGGAAGCUGCCAGAGGAACACGCAAGGUUUUAUGCUGCUGAAAUCUGCAUUGCUCUCAACUUCCUCCACGAGAGAGGCAUCAUCUACAGAGAUUUAAAACUGGAUAACGUCCUCCUGGAUACGGAGGGCCACAUCAAGCUAACAGACUACGGCAUGUGUAAGGAAGGAUUGGGCCCCGGCGACACGACGAGCACUUUCUGUGGAACGCCAAAUUACAUCGCUCCGGAGAUUCUCCGAGGAGAAGAAUACGGCUUCAGUGUGGAUUGGUGGGCCCUUGGUGUCCUCAUGUUUGAAAUGAUGGCGGGACGAUCUCCUUUUGAUAUUAUUACCGACAAUCCAGAUAUGAACACUGAAGAUUACCUCUUCCAAGUUAUCCUUGAAAAACCAAUCCGAAUUCCAAGAUUCCUUUCUGUUAAGGCCUCUCAUGUUUUGAAAGGGUUUUUAAAUAAGGAUCCCAAAGAGAGGCUCGGAUGCCAACCCCAAACAGGAUUUUCUGAAAUCAAGUCACACACAUUUUUUCGCAGCAUAGACUGGGAUAUGCUGGAAAAGAAGCAGGCCACUCCACCGUUUCAGCCUCAGAUCACGGAUGAUUACGGCUUGGAUAACUUUGAUACACAGUUCACCAGUGAACCUGUGCAGUUAACUCCAGAUGAUGAAGAUGUAAUAAAAAGAAUAGACCAGUCGGAGUUUGAAGGAUUUGAAUAUAUUAAUCCAUUGAUGCUAUCAACCGAGGAAACGGUAUGAGAAUGAGGCACAGAGAGAGAGAGAGAGA